AUGCAUUCCAAGGUUGUAAUUAUUGGUUCCGGUCCUGCUGGACAUACCGCCGCGCUUUAUCUAUCAAGGGCAACCCUGGAACCCGUCAUGUUCGAGGGUUUCCUUGCUAAUGGCUUCGCCGCCGGUGGUCAACUCACAACUACCACGGAUGUGGAGAAUUAUCCCGGAUUUCCAGAAGGGAUCCAGGGUUCAGAAAUGAUGGAUAAAUUUCGUCAGCAGAGUUUAAGGUUUGGAACCAAGAUCAUCACAGAAACCAUUUCGAAAGUGGAUCUUUCUACACGUCCUUUUAAAUUAUGGCGUGAAGGUGUGGAAGAUAAGGAGCCCGAUACCGCAGACACUCUCAUUAUUGCAACAGGAGCAGCUGCAAAGAGACUGAAUCUUCCUGGAGAAGAUAAAUAUUGGCAAAAGGGAAUUUCGGCGUGCGCUGUAUGUGAUGGUGCUGUUCCGAUAUUCCGUAAUAAACCACUUGCGGUAGUUGGAGGUGGUGAUUCGGCCGCUGAGGAAGCUUUAUUUUUAACAAAAUACGGAUCUCACGUGUUUGUGUUGGUUCGUAGAGAUAAACUUCGUGCAUCAAAGGUGAUGGCAAACCGUUUACUUUCUAAUCAAAAGGUCACAGUUCUCUGGAAUACCGUCCCCAUCGAAUGCAAAGGAGAAGGAAACUUCUUAGAUAAGUUAAUCACCAGGGACACUAAAACCAAUGAGUUACGUGAAUUAGCUGUCAACGGUCUUUUUUAUGCAAUCGGUCAUGCUCCAGCUACUGCAUUAGUCAAGGGCCAACUAGAUUUAGAUGAAGAUGGUUACAUUAUUACCAAACCGGAUACUACCUAUACGAGUGUCGAUGGCGUCUUCGCUGCUGGCGAUGUAAAAGAUAAAAAAUAUCGACAAGCUAUUACAAGUGCCGGUUCAGGAUGCAUGGCUGCAUUAGAGUGUGAACGUUGGUUGAGUGAACAUUUUGAGUGA